CUGUCGAGAUGUUCAUAAAACUAAACUAGUAUAGGAUAUUCUUUUCCUCUCAAAUAAAAAGGAUAGGAUAUUCCUUCCUCGGAGCAGGACAACUGGACAAGAGGCAAGAGGGUGACUCCAAGUUGGUUGGCACUGCAGCAGCCGCAGCCGCAGCCGCCGCACGAUACGCCACGCCACAGAUGGCGGCCGGCAGCGGCAUGCCGUUGCCGGGAGCAGGCAGGCACACCACAAAACCGCACGGCGCGAGUACACACACACAGGAGGAACACGACAGACAUGGCGAGUGGCCGGCCGGCCAUGCGCUCCUCGCCACACAAGUGAACAACUCCAUCAUCAACAUCUUGCGUGCCAUCCGCCUCCUCAUUUCAUUCCUCUGCUUCUAAUUCUUCAAUCGGUUCUUCUUCUUAUCUUGUUAUCUUCACGUACGGAUGCCAUGCCCUGCCAAUGCCAUGCCAUCAUCUACCGGCAACCAACAAAGCCAGCGAAACCCUUAAUUAUUAGCUCCUCGUUAACGACGACAUUGCCUCCUGCAUCUGCGGCAUACCGUCGUCGAUCGAUGGCGGCGCCGGCGCCGCCCAUCAGCAAGCGCCUGAUGCGGUGCCGGUGCUGCGAGGACACGCUGGGCGUCCCGCUCCGCCGCGCCCAGCAGCAGCAGCAGCAGUUCCCGGAGCUGGUGCGGCUGCGUGAUGCGCCUCCGCCGCCGCGGCCCCGGCGCAUCGUGCUGGUGCGGCACGGCGAGAGCGAGGGCAACGUGGACGAGGCCGCCUACACGCGCGUCCCAGACCCGCGCAUCGGCCUCACAGCCAAGGGCCGCCGCGACGCCGAGCUCUGCGGCCGCCGCCUCCGGGACCUCUUCUCCUCCGGCUCCGACGACGACUGGAAGGUCUACUUCUACGUCUCCCCCUACCGCCGCACGCUGGAGACGCUGCGCGGCAUCGCCCACUCCCUCGAGCCCCACCGCAUCGCCGGCGUCCGGGAGGAGCCGCGCCUCCGCGAGCAGGACUUCGGCAACUUCCAGGACCGCGACCGGAUGCGCGUCGAGAAGGAGACCCGCCUCCGCUACGGCCGCUUCUUCUACCGCUUCCCCAACGGCGAGUCGGCCGCCGACGUCUACGACCGCAUCACCGGAUUCCGGGAGACGCUGCGCGCCGACAUCGACAUCGGCCGCUUCCAGCCGCCCGGGGAGCAGAGCCCCAACAUGAACGUCGUGCUCGUCUCCCACGGCCUCACGCUCCGCGUCUUCCUCAUGCGCUGGUACAAGUGGACGGUGCGCCAGUUCGAGAGCCUCGAGAACCUCGACAAUGGCGGCGCCCUCGUCAUGCAGACGGGGCAGGGCGGCAGGUACAGCCUCCUCGUCCACCACACCGCCGACGAGCUCAGGGCCUUCGGGCUCACCGACGAGAUGCUCGAGGACCAGAUGUGGCAGAAGACGGCAAAGCCAGGGGAGCUCAACUACACAUUCAUGACCAACGGCCAGUCAUUCUUCGAUCGAUUCACUACUACUACUAGUACCUACUAAUUAACCAAAUACUAACUAGUAGAUGUAUCCUGCUGGUCCUUGUUCAAAAAAAAAGGAUAUAUCCUGGCUAGUAGUACAGUACCAACAACUUAGCCUUUUUUUUGCUUGUACGUACGGAAGAUCAUCUUAAUUACUGAUUAAUUCACUGCUGUAUCUUGGCCCUGUUUGGUUUGUUUGGGCCAGAAAGUAGCACAAACUUAGACUAAUAAUUACGGGUAUUAAAUAAAGCUAGUUUACUGCAA